AUGGUUGCGCACAGUUUCAUUCAGAGCAACGGGAAUGGACUAAAAAAGUGUGAAAGAUGUAAAGAUCGCAAUAGUCUUGUUAACAAAAAUCUCUGUUUCAAGUGCUACCAGGAAAAGGAUGAACCAAAAAAUACUGUAAUUGGAAAGUGGAAUCGCAUUUUAAAUUCUGUCGUAGGUGAAACUUUUUCCAAACCUACAGACCAAAAACCACAAAUUUCUGAUGAAAAAAAAGCCAAGGAUCAUACACAUGCAAAUCUUGGAACUGUUUUUAAUUCUCUAUUUAAUUUUGUCAGUAGGACAUUUUCAAGCCAUGUUGCCCCGGAAUUCCAAGAUGCACAGAUUCCUGCGGAUCAUAACCAUACUAGUGACUUUGAACACUCUACAUCAAGCCAUAGAGUGGAAAGGGAAGAGGAUGAUGAACCUAUUAUUACACACAUUAGUAUCCCAGACAGAGAGGACAUAUCUAGCCUAUUUUCUUCCCUCAAAGUUAGAGAUCGGGACAGGGAAAUCGAAAAUAUGCAAAAUGCUCUGAAGAGAUACAAAAGUGCUGAAACUAAGCUUGAUGAAAGGCUACGAAAAGUCCAUUCGGAGGUAGUAAAGGACUAUGAUGUCCUUCCCAAAGUCGGUGACAGUGACUAUGAUCUAUGGUCUUUACGUGGUCCUGAACAUUUCUAUCCUGAUGGACUAUCCGGAUACUUAAAGGUUCUUUUCAUGGGGGACUCGGAUAAUAAUCGCAAAAUUUAUACAGAGGACCAAGUAAAGAAUACUCUAGAACUUGUUAGAAACUCAAAUCCAGAUGUACCACUCAUGGACAAGUUUGGAAUUACAAUCACAAAAAAUACCUUGUCAUGUCUACAUAGUUCAAACUGGUUGGAUGAUGAAGUUAUCAACUUUUAUCUGCAAAUGCUGCAAGAAAGGAAUGAUAAACAUAUAAAGGACGGUGUUCCCAACAUUCCAAACUGCUACUUUUUCAACACAUUCUUCUUCAAUGCUCUAUCUGGAGGUGACAUGCACGGUGUACAUUACAAUUACAAGGCUGUUGCAAGGUGGACUAAACGCAAGGGUGUGGAUGUGUUCAAGAAGGAUCUCUUGAUAAUUCCCGUCCAUGUAUCAAAGGUUCACUGGGCGCUAGGAGUGGUUGAGAUGAGAAGUAAAUGGCGUAGAAUAAUGUUAUUCGACUCUCUUGGUGGUAGUAAUAGUACAUGGUUUAGCAUCAUCCAACAGUGGCUGCAGGACGAACAUUUAGAUAAGCUGAAGGAGCCUCUUUUAUCCAUCGAUGAAUGGGAGAUUCCAGAAGAUUUUACAUGCGAACAAUAUGCUCCUGAACAGUAUAAUUCCUACGAUUGUGGAGUAUUUUUGUGUCAGUUUGCAGAGUGCAUUUCUAUCGCCAAGGAAUUUGACUUUUCCCAGGAGAAGAUUGAACGUAUACGAAAUUUAAUGAUUCACCAAAUAGUUUCUGGUACUCUUAUCUGA